CUUCCGUCCUACAUGACUAUGUGCCCAGGGCGGCAUACGUACUAGAGUAAGACUUUGUUCCUGCCCGUACGGAGCGUGUGGUGCAUCGGAGCAGACAGAUGACGAAGAACUAAGUUUUCGUAGAGUAUAUGAGGACUGGCUGGCUGCUCAGGUCAACUCCCAGGCCGGGCGGCGCCCCGCAGAAAGAGGCGGAACCUAAGUGUCGUAGGAUCAGGUUUCCGGAGUAGCGGGUCUACAAGAGCGGCGCACCGUCAAGAUGGCGGCGGGGCUGCGGAAACGCGGCCGGGCGGGUGCCGCGGCCCAGGCGGCAGGGGUCUGCGGGCCAUGGCUGCAACGCGUCUGGCAAGAGCGGCGCCUACUGCUGCGGGAGCCGCGCUACACGCUGCUGGUGGCCGCCUGCCUCUGCCUGGCGGAGGUGGGCAUCACCUUCUGGGUCAUUCACAGGGUGGCAUACACAGAGAUCGACUGGAAGGCCUACAUGGCCCAGGUGGAGGGCGUCAUCAAUGGCACCUAUGAUUAUACCCAGCUGCAGGGUGACACUGGACCUCUUGUGUACCCGGCUGGCUUUGUAUACAUCUUCAUGGGGCUCUACUACGCCACUGGCCGAGGCACUGACAUACGCACGGCACAGAACAUCUUUGCUGUGCUCUACUUGGCCACCUUGCUGCUUGUCUUCUUGAUCUACCACCAGACCUGCAAGGUGCCUCCCUUCGUCUUUUUCUUCAUGUGCUGCGCCUCUUACCGUGUCCACUCCAUCUUUGUGCUGCGUCUCUUCAAUGACCCGGUGGCCAUGGCACUGCUAUUCCUCAGUGUCAACCUUCUCCUGGCGCAGCGCUGGGGCUGGGGCUGCUGCUGCUUCAGCCUGGCAGUCUCUGUGAAGAUGAACAUACUGCUCUUCGCCCCUGGGUUACUGUUCCUCCUCCUCACCCAGUUUGGCUUCCGUGGGGCCCUCCCCAAGCUGGGCAUCUGUGCUGUCCUCCAGGUGGUGCUGGGGCUGCCCUUCCUGCUGAAGAACCCCAUUGGCUACCUAUCCCGUUCCUUUGACCUGGGCCGUCAGUUCCUCUUCCGCUGGACAGUGAACUGGCGCUUCCUCCCCGAGGCCCUCUUCCUGCAUCGGGCCUUCCACCUGGCCCUGCUGGCCGCCCACCUCACCCUGCUUUUGCUGUUUGCUCUCUGCAGGUGGCACAGGUCGGGGGAAAGUAUCCUGUCGCUGCUGAAGGAUCCCUCCAAAAGGAAGGUCCCGCCCCAGCCCCUCACUCCCAAUCAGAUCGUUUCUAUCCUUUUCACCUCCAACUUCAUUGGCAUCUGCUUCAGCCGCUCCCUCCACUACCAGUUCUAUGUCUGGUAUUUCCAUACACUGCCCUACCUCCUGUGGGCCACACCUGCACGCUGGCUCACACACCUGCUCAGGCUGCUGGUGCUGGGGCUCAUCGAGCUCUCCUGGAACACAUACCCAUCCACGUCCUGCAGCUCUGCUGCCCUGCACACGUGCCAUGCCAUCAUCCUGCUGCAGCUGUGGCUGGGCCCGCAGCCUUUCCCCAAGAACGUCCAGCAGGACAAGAAAGGCCACUGAAACCCGCCCCGUCCUCCUCCAGUCCACUCCCAGGACCCCGGGUGGGUUGGACUCGAUGCCCUUGGGAAUAAACCUUGCCAAGUCCA